AACAGCAAUAGCACAAGCCAGCCAUACUAACAGUCACAGGCUGUUAUUGCUUAAUAUCAGUUGAUAUAAUUUACUCAGCCAAAUGUAGCUAGCUAAAAGUGGGCGCAGUACUAAUCAGACCAGAUUUUCUGUCUUUUCUUUUCCAAACGAUACCUGUAUGUUUCCGGUUGUGUAAAGCAAAUGUAUCACUGGUUUGUUGAACAGGAAGAAACAGAAAGGAAAAAAAACAGAAGAAACUGUUGUGUUAUGGCGUGGAGCUGGGAGGGAUGAUUACUGAGCAGCCAGUCAGCCCAUAAAUACACACCCCGUUACAGAGCGCAACACUAAAGCCAGUUCACCGGUAUGAAAGGAAGAGGAAAAAUCUGCCGUAAUUUCUGAUAGCUGGAACUUCUUUUGCCGAGAACUUUCUGAGUCGCUUCACUUUCUGGAAAAGCAGGUUUGCUUAUUGAAAUCCACUACUGUAUCCACCAUACUGCUGAAAAAGAUCCCUCUCCAUUAUAUGUUUUUGAGGGGCCAUGCAACCCCUGAAGAAGUACUUCACUGAAGGCCUAAUUCAGGUGGCCAUUGUCCUCAGUCUAGCUGGGAUGCAUGUAGAUGUGGAUCCUUACCUUCCUCCUCCAUAUAACAUCAAUAUCCAAAGCCUAGAUUUGACCCAGACCCAUUCCGGCAACCUCCAGAACUCCCCAGAAGGAUAUGGUCUCCACAUGAAGAGCCCAGAUGUGGCGGCCUUUGUCCCAAUUCCCAGGUUGUUGCACUGGGUUAGCUCUCUGCAGCACCUGCACAUUCCAACAGCACAGCUCGAGGCCUGGCUGGUCCACAGCGAGUCUGACAACAGCGGGAUGACUAUACCUAGCUUAACUGGUUCCUGGGAAGGUGGUGAUGAGCUGGUGGACACGGAGGACUCGGCAAGUUUGACCAUGAGGAUGGGAGGCGGAGGGAUUGGAGAAUUGGCACAUGAUCCAGUUAUGGAUGAUGGAAGUUUGGGUGUGGUGACCACACUCUCAAGAAGUCAAAUGGAUAGUGAAGACAUUAAAGAGGAAGCAGAUGCACUAUGGCAGCAAGACCCCAACCAAAAUGUCCGCUACGAUCAGUCACUUCAAGGACAAAAUCAAUACUUCAGCCUACUUAAUGAAGAAGACGAGGAUGAGUUCAUGAUGGACAGCUGGCGGCAUUCAAACCCAUUUCAUAACCUGGUGACCAGCAUACAAGGGGAUGUUCAGUUCACAGGUUUACAGGAGGAUAACUCAUUGUCUACUGAUGAAUGUCUGCAAUUACUGGAGGCUGGUUUCCCCUUAGGACAUGAUCAAUAUUUGGCAGAUCUUGAUCCAGUGAGAGCUGAUGAAGACCCACUGCAACACCACAGGUCUCUAUUCUCCCCUCUGUUACCUCAACAUGAGUCUGUGCUGGACUUCGAACAGCAAUGGCAAGAUGUUUUUGCUGUCUUGGGACCACAGGACAUGAGUGCAAAUGAGUUACUGGACAGUUCUCACCUCAAUGAUGGGGGAAGAGCAAGAGAGACAGGAACUUUGGAGAAUCCCAUACAGCAAAAUCUAAGCCCUCAUCAACCUAUUUUUCCAAGAUCCAGCGAGAUCUCCUUUGCAACCAAUGCAGCCAUCAGUGAAGACGGCUGCUUUUCUAACCAGAACGAUACUUCUUUGAAUGUUUCAAACUCCUCUAAUGUUGAUUUGAAUUUUAAUGACCCUGGCAUCAUAGACUUUCUCCUUUCUACUACACCUGACCGCUCAAACAUCGGUAUACCUAGCUUCUCUAUGGAGGAACCAAGCCAGUCGAGUCUUUUUGGUCCUCUAUUGAAAGAAUCCAUGCUUGAUGAGAACAGUACGCUGGAUCUAACAUUGGAGAACAGAUCUGGCCAGUCAGAGGUAUUCCAAAAAGUGGAACAAACAGACUCUGACUCUGGACUCUCUCUGGACUACAGCCAAAGCCCCAUUUCCCCAAGUAGAUCUGAAUCCUCAUCGUCCUCCAGCUCGUCAUCAUCGAUGUACUCCAUUUCUGGGGAAGGGGCUGUAGGAUACACCCACAUCAAAGAGGAGCCGAUGGAUGAAGAAGGAGCUGUUGGAGGUUAUACUCCAGAACAAAACAAUAUGUACUACACACAUUACCUGCAAUCCCAAUAUUCACCCUGGCUUGAUCAUAUAGGCCAUGAUCACACCUACAACCAACCCCAAUGUACCAACCAAAGAAAGCCUCCCAAAGAGCACUCAGAAGAACCUCUGGAAUAUAAACUCCAAGAGGAGAUAUCUACCAGGGAUGAGAAGCGAGCACGUUCCAUGAGGAUUCCAUUUUCAACUGACCACAUUAUUAACUUGCCUGUUGAAGAGUUCAAUGAGCUUCUUGCCAAGCACCGCUUAAAUGAGGCUCAACUCGCACUUAUUAGAGACAUUCGCCGCAGAGGCAAGAACAAAGUCGCUGCGCAAAACUGUCGUCGCAGGAAACUGGAUAUCUUAGAGGAUUUGGAAUGUACCGUUGAUAGUCUGCGGCGUCACCGUGCAAGACUGCUCAGGGAGAAAUCGGAAGUUCUGCGCUCAGUUAGAGACUUGAAACGACGCCUUAACAACCUCUAUCAAGAGGUGAGGAGUAGACUCAGGGAGGUGGAAAGGAUUCCUUGCUCAGCCACGGAUUUUACUCUGCAACUGGACAACGACAACCAUGUUUCAAAACCCAGACGGAAGUCUGGCAAGAAGCAGAAAGACAAGGAGUGAGCGUGAGACUGAAUAAUUCGUGUUCUGUGUGCGCCUGCAAGACAGACGUUGCAAGAUUCAACGGAGAGAUCAGCAUAGAAAUGACCUAACCAUUCUUUUUGCAGUGGAGUUGACUUCUGCUGUAAUUUAGUGGCUAAAAAUACAUCCAGUUGCAGUUAUGUGAAAUAAUGGAUGGAUGAAGGUGUGCAGUUGAGGAGGAAGCAAAGCAUACAAUACACAUCUGCAAAAUGUGUAUCAGUAAAUCAGUGUUGUAUUUGAUCACAAACCUCCCAUAACAAUGGAGAAAUUACUGGCAGUCAUGACACUGGGUCCUUCCUAAAACAGUAGGGUCUGAGCACCUCAAGUGGGUCGGUGAUUUUUAUUUUAUUUUAUUUUUUUUACCUUUUCUUACAAUGGAAGAGAUCCAUCAUUUAUCAAAAUUAUAUUUAUUAUUGAGUUCUUCCUGCUAGUUGCUUAUUAGAGCUGUCCCUUUAAUUCAGUAAAUUUAACCCAAAUCUCAAUAAAUCAAAAAUAAAUAUAAAUAAUGGCACCCUGAAUCUAUGUUCUACCAGGGGGAAGUUCAGGAAUAAAACUCUGUCUACAAUAAAUAGCUGACAUUUCUAUACAUGUGAAUACUGAGCACAGUAUUACAGUGAUGCUCAUACAAUACAGCUGUGCAAGGUCUGUGAAAUUUAUUUUGCUGUUAAAGAGGUCCCUGGUUGCAAAAGGUUUGAGAACCAUCCAUUUUCUGAGGUAUGAGAACAGUAAGAACUGUAAAGCAAGGUGCUAUACUAGACGUUUGGAAUAAACAAGUAAAAAGUCUUUGAUUCCAGAGUAAAUCUAUCCUUGCACCCCCAAGAACUAAUAUAGUUGUCUACACCAUCGUAGACGACAAGCAAUUCUGAUAUGAUGUGGAUCAAAAGCCUCAAAACUGCAUAACACUCAUGGACUGUAAAAAUGUUACUGCUUUAGGUCUAACUCAAGUGUUGUUCAAAUGCUGUUAGCUGUAGAACCUGUUUGAAUCACAAAACGUGUUUAAUAAUGAUGCUGGUUAGGCACCACGUUUAGGCAUCAUUCUAUUCUGUACGAGUCAGAGACUGUAAUAUUUUAUUCCUCCAAGUUUUGCAAAUGCCAUGUUUUCCUACUUUUUUUGUUGGUUCAUGAUGACAAGCUGGUCUUGUUUUAUGUUUGAUUAAAGAGAUUAAAUACCAUCUUUCUAGUGGUGCUGCUUAUUCUUUAAAACAGUCUGUUUUGCAUGUUGUAAAAAAAAUAUGAAGCUGCAAAAUUACCUCUUGAAGAGACACCACUCUUAAUAAAAAGGAUUUAUUUAAAAAGGAAAAGAAACCAAAAGAUGGCAAGUAUGUUGACAUGUAAUAAACAUCUAAAAGGGGGAAAAUACAGAGGAAUUUACAAUAACAGUGAAUGAAAGGACACUGAACGGGAACGUUUUAAAAAGUAAAGAAAAAACAACAA